CUGAGCUGCUGCUCGAGGGAAAUCCCGAAAACAUGGCCUGAAAGGAGCGGAUCCCCCAAAGAAAGUGACUUGAUGAGUGUAACUUAGUUUAAUGCUUCAGACACGGGCUACUUUCAGCUGCUUCCAAAGUCAAAAUUUCCUUUUUUUUUUUUUACGUGCACCUGUAUGCAGCACCACAUCAUGGCAGCAGCAUGUUGCGUGUUUGUUAUUUCGCACUGUUUCCAGUUUAAAACAGCUGUAGCUUUUCUAUUGUGAGCCAACGCGUUGUUCACUGUAGGUAAAGCCUGCUGUAACGACUGAUGAACGGGACUGUCAGAGAGUCUAUUCAGAGUGGGAGGUUCUGUUUAUGUGGUGUGUUCAAGAGUUUCGGGUUAACACGAAUCUGGGAGAGUCGCCGUUACAUCCGUUAUUUGUCUUGUUGACUGAAAUCGCAGACACAGAGUUCCAGUGGCGCAAAAUGUCUGCAGGAACUUCCCGAUGUCAGAACAUCUGAAACAUGUUUUAAGUUUGGUUCUCAUUUUGUUUGACCCUCACAGCUCGGAUUGUGACCGAAGUCCAUUCCUCCUGUCUGAUCUUCGCGUGAUUCGGACUGCGGGGCAGCGAGUAACCUUGAUGUUUGCAGUUUCAGCGCUGUAGCGCUCAGCUGCAAAAACGACAGCGCCGAUCAAGCAGCGCAUUUAAACGGCUCAUAAUCUGUCACGUGUCGAACACGUCACCCACCCCCACCCAAAAAAGGAAAACAAAAACACUUAUUCGUUUCCAAAAUAAACAUCAGCUGUUCAGUUUUUCCUCACAAAUGUUGUCCGUUGCGGUUUUCCUGUGUUUGCUGGUGAUCCUGGUUUCCGGAUUAAAAGAGCUCAUUGUGAAUCCUGGACAAGAUGCCCCUCUUCAGUGUCAGGGUCCCAGAGAUGCAGAGAUCACCCUGUUGGAGUGGAACAGAGCUGACCUCAAAUCAGAUGAUUAUGUCUUCUUGUACAGAAACCAGCGCCCAUAUGAAAACUACCAACAUGAGUCCUUCAAAGGCCGAGUGAACCUGAUGGAUCCGUCCAUGAAGGAUGGAAAUGUUUCAGUGACGCUGAGGAACGUCAAGCUCACCGAUACAGGAACGUACAAGUGUCAGAUUACAACCAAGGAAACAGAAAGUGUCGUCCAUGAGUGCUCCAUCAGCCUCAAAGUCACAACCUCAGGUGACUGCUGAAAGGUGUGACAUCACUUCUGCUGAAAACAGGAAAGGUUUUCCUGGUAGCUCAGUUCUCACACCUGUUUCUGCUCUGCUGGUUUUACAGAUAAACACACCAAGGAGUCCCAGGCUGAGUCCAAGGAUGGAGGAGAGAAGGAUAAGUGUCUGUCUGUCAUCAUCCCUGUCCUGUCAGUUUUUGCUUAUUACUGAUAUUAUGUAAUUGCCCGCAGAACCUGAAAAAUGUGUCCGAUCUCUUUACUGACAGUGAGUUCUGCUCUUCAACAUAGACGAAUCUUUCAAUAGGAUCUGAUUCUGUUAGAGCUCCAUGCAGUGCAUCGACAACCUCACCAAUCAUUACAGUUAAAUCAGUUAAUGUUAGAUCAGUGCUGUCCCAUUGUGGCUGUAAAAAGCUUUGAGUCUGGGUUUUAUGUACUUGUAGCUUUAUUGUUUGAAGUCUACAGCAGAGCUUGGCUUUUCUCUGGGAACAGGCAGCAGGUGGAGGAGCAGCUGGUAUGCUGGUUGAGUCUUUCCAAAAG